CGGAGCCAGCCUAGCGGCAGAGGCAGUGGCAGCAGGAGAGGUGGGAGCAACUGGGGCAGCAGCAGCAGCAGCGCUGGACUGGGGUGUUGAGUCCAGACUGAGUUGGGGACAGGCUCCUGCUCUUGGUCCUUGUGCCCACUGGGCCAGGCACCCUGCCUGGAACCCCGGGCAGGGUGGACAGGGCGAGGGGCCACCUUAGUCUGGCUGGGGAGGCAGACGAUGAGGAGCGAUGGGGCAGGCAUGCGGCCACUCCAUCCUCUGCAGGAGCCAGCAGUACCCGGCAGCGCGACCGGCUGAGCCGCGGGGCCAGCAGGUCUUCCUCAAGCCGGACGAGCCGCCGCCGCCGCCGCCGCAGCCAUGCGCCGACAGCCUGCAGCUGACUGGGACCUACUUGCACAGAAGCCAGUCCCCCCAGAGAGUAGAGAUGCCGGACUGGAGGAUGCUUUGCUGAGCCUGGGCUCUGUCAUCCACAUCGCAGGCUUCCAGCGGGCUGUCAAGGAGGCCCUUUCAGCUGUGCUCCCCAAAGUGGAGACUGUCUACACCUACCUUCUGGAUGGGGAGUCCCGGCUGGUGUGUGAGGACCCCCCCCAUGAGCUGCCCCAGGAGGGGAAAGUCCGAGAGGCUGUGAUCUCCCGGAAGCGGUUGGGCUGCAAUGGACUGGGCCCCUCGGACCUGCCGGGGAAGCCGUUGGCCAGACUGAUGGCCCCACUGGCUCCUGAUACCCAAGUGCUGGUCAUGCCGCUGGUGGACAAGGAGGCUGGGGCUGUGGCAGCCGUCAUCUUGGUGCAUUGUGGCCAGCUGAGUGACAGUGAAGAGUGGAGCCUGCAAGCCGUGGAGAAGCAUGCUCUGGUGGCCCUGCGAAGGGUGCAGGCUCUGCAGCCCCGGGGGCCUGGCGCCGCCUCGGCAGCAGUCCGGAACCCCCCGGCGGGGGUGGCGGGAGACCAGAAGGGCGGUGUGGCUCACACCGACCAGGACCAAAAGAUCCUGCAGCUGUGCGGGGAACUCUACGACCUGGAUGCCUCGUCCCUCCAGCUCAAAGUCCUCCAAUACCUGCAGCAGGAGACCCAGGCAUCCCGCUGCUGCCUCCUGCUGGUGUCCGAGGAUAAUCUCCAGCUUUCCUGCAAGGUAAUCGGAGAUAAAGUGCUGGAGGAAGAAACCAGCUUUCCGUUGACGACAGGACGCCUGGGCCAGGUGGUGGAAGAUAAGAAAUCUAUCCAGCUGAAGGAUCUCACCUCGGAGGAUGUGCAACAGCUGCAAAGCAUGUUGGGCUGUGAGCUGCAGGCGAUGCUCUGCGUUCCUGUCAUCAGCCGGGCCACUGACCAGGUGGUGGCCUUGGCCUGCGCCUUCAACAAGCUCGGAGGAGACUUGUUCACGGACCAGGAUGAGCAUGUGAUCCAGCACUGCUUCCACUACACUAGCACGGUGCUCACCAGCACCCUGGCCUUCCAGAAAGAGCAAAAGCUCAAGUGUGAGUGCCAGGCUCUUCUCCAAGUGGCAAAGAACCUCUUUACUCACCUGGAUGAUGUCUCUGUCCUGCUCCAGGAGAUCAUCACAGAGGCCAGAAACCUCAGCAAUGCUGAGAUCUGCUCCGUGUUCCUGCUGGAUCAAAAUGAGCUGGUGGCCAAGGUGUUCGACGGGGGCGUGGUGGAUGACGAGAGCUACGAGAUCCGCAUCCCGGCUGACCAGGGCAUUGCGGGCCACGUGGCAACCACCGGUCAGAUCCUGAACAUCCCGGACGCGUACGCUCAUCCGCUUUUCUACCGUGGCGUGGACGACAGCACCGGCUUCCGCACGCGCAACAUCCUCUGCUUCCCCAUCAAGAACGAGAACCAGGAGGUCAUCGGUGUGGCCGAGCUGGUGAACAAGAUUAACGGACCAUGGUUCAGCAAGUUCGACGAGGACUUGGCAACCGCCUUCUCCAUCUACUGUGGCAUCAGCAUAGCCCAUUCCCUCCUAUACAAGAAAGUGAAUGAGGCCCAGUAUCGCAGCCACCUAGCCAACGAGAUGAUGAUGUACCACAUGAAGGUCUCUGAUGAUGAAUACACCAAACUUCUCCAUGAUGGGAUCCAGCCUGUGGCUGCCAUUGACUCCAACUUUGCCAGUUUCACCUAUACUCCUCGCUCUCUGCCCGAGGAUGACACUUCCAUGGCCAUCCUGAGCAUGCUGCAGGACAUGAAUUUCAUCAAUAACUACAAAAUUGACUGCCCAACUCUGGCCCGGUUCUGUUUGAUGGUGAAGAAGGGCUACCGGGAUCCCCCCUACCACAACUGGAUGCAUGCCUUUUCUGUCUCCCACUUCUGCUACCUGCUCUACAAGAAUCUGGAGCUUACCAACUACCUCGAGGACAUCGAGAUCUUCGCCUUGUUUAUUUCCUGCAUGUGUCAUGACUUGGACCACAGAGGCACAAACAAUUCCUUCCAGGUGGCCUCAAAAUCUGUGCUGGCUGCUCUCUACAGCUCCGAGGGCUCUGUCAUGGAGAGGCACCACUUCGCUCAGGCCAUCGCCAUCCUCAACACCCAUGGUUGCAACAUCUUUGACCACUUCUCCCGGAAGGACUAUCAGCGUAUGCUGGACCUGAUGCGGGACAUCAUCUUGGCCACCGAUCUGGCCCACCACCUCCGCAUCUUCAAGGACCUCCAGAAGAUGGCCGAAGUGGGUUAUGACCGAACGAACAAGCAACACCAUAGCCUCCUCCUCUGCCUCCUUAUGACCUCCUGUGACCUCUCUGACCAGACCAAGGGCUGGAAGACUACGAGGAAGAUCGCAGAGCUGAUCUACAAAGAGUUCUUCUCCCAGGGAGACUUGGAGAAGGCCAUGGGCAACAGACCGAUGGAGAUGAUGGACCGGGAGAAGGCCUACAUCCCUGAGCUGCAGAUCAGCUUUAUGGAGCAUAUCGCGAUGCCUAUUUACAAGCUGCUGCAGGACCUGUUCCCCAAGGCGGCAGAGCUAUAUGAACGUGUGGCCUCUAACCGUGAGCACUGGACCAAAGUGUCUCACAAAUUCACCAUCCGCGGCCUCCCGAGCAACAACUCGCUGGACUUCCUGGAUGAGGAGUACGAGGUGCCUCAGCUGGAUGGCACUGGGGCCCCUGUCAAUGGCUGUUUCAGCCUUGAUGCUGAGUGAGCCCCCCCCCCCCUCCCCAGGACCCUUCCCUGCCCAGGCCUCCUCUCACAGCCCCCCACUGGCCUGGCCGGGUGCCCUGGGACCAGAGCCACGGGUCCUAGGUUCUAGACCAGGACUUACCAUGUGACCCUGAACAAGUACCGACCUUUCUGGGCCUCAGCUUUCCUGUCUGUAUAAUGGAAGCAAGACUUCCAGCCUCACCAAGAUUUUGUCAUUUGUCCUCUGAGAGCACAGGGGUGACUGAUGAGCAGCGAGCCCUGCUCUGCACUUCUGACCACAUCUUGGCAAAUCCUCCCCAGCCACUCCUCUGAGGCAGCCUGGAUGGUCUCUCCUGGGCCCCAUUCCUGCCCCAUUAGAUCUGUGCCCUCUUCCCUCUCCAGGGUCCUCAUGCAAGGAGAAGGUGGGACAUCUGAAUGAGCAGAGAAUAGGUCUUAGAAACAGUCAUUAGCUCUGCUGGACAACUAGAAAUAGCCACGGGGCCGCUGAAGGUGCCCCUUGGGAUCGCCACAUACUUAUGGUGGGCACUGGGACCUGGGGAGCUGCCAGAGGGGCAGCUCAGUGCUUUGGGCAGAGGGGGGUCAGGGAGAAAGCAGGAUAGGAAUGGUGGGCAGGAAGGAUCCCAGGGCUGGAAGACAGGCUCCAACUGAGUCAAUAAUUCUUCCCCUGGCUGUGUGACCCUGGGCAAGUCACUUCCCCUAUCUAGGUGAGACAGGAGGGUGGGACAAUCUGUUUUCUAAGACCCCUUUUAGAUAUCAAAGUCCCCAUGGCUCUGUGGAGUCCCAGGAGAAGCCAUGGAAUGUCCCUGCCACCCUAGGGCAAAGAGCCAACCCUGAGUCCUUCAGUGGCCCCCUGAGUGUCCCCCCCCCCACUUAGUCCAAGCCCCUUCCCCAUUCCUGCAGCCAGAGAGGGCUGCCUCAGCCCUGACAGGGCCGACUGGCAGGGCUCCUAUCUUCUUCAAGGCCAUAUCUACCCGUGCCCUGGGGCUUGGGAGACCCCCCAUAGGGCUGGGCUUCUUGGGUCAGCCCGGCUGCUGGCAUCUCCCUUCUCUGUUUUGUUCUGUAUGUGUUGUGGGGUGGGGGGAGGGGGGCCACCUGCCUUACCUAUUCUGAGUUGCCUUUAGAGAGAUGCGUUUUUCUAGGAUUCUGUGCAACUGUUGUAUAUGGUCCCGUGGGCUGACCGCUUUGUACAUGAGAAUAAAUCUAUUUCUUUCUACCAA